AUGUCGUCCCAGGCAGUGGGGAACCAGACCUCUUCUCAAGCCACGGAUGACUACUCCUAUGGCAACUGGUACAUCGACGAGCCCCAGGGUGGCCAGGAGCUCCAGCCAGAGGGGGAAGUACCCUCCUGCCACCCCAGCGUGCUGUCCGGCCUCCUCCACGCCUGCCUGGCUGUGCUGUCGAUCCUUGUGCUGCUGAUGCUGGCUGUGCUUGUGAGGCGCCGCCAGCUCUGGCCCCGCUGCGGGCACGGCAGGCCUGGACUGCCCAGGACCUGGAUGGUGCCUGCCGCUGUCUUCACGGUCCUCUUCAGCUCCUUGUGUUUGCUGUUCCCUGCCGAGGACCCGCUGCCCUUCCUGACUUUGGCCUCACCCACUAGCCGAGAUGGAGAAAGUGAGGCUCCCAGAGGGCCCUGGAAGAUACUCGCCCUGCUCUAUUACCCUGCCCUCUACUACCCUCUGGCCGCCUGUGCCACGGUCAGGCACGGAGCCGCACACCUGCUGGGCAGCACACUGUCCUGGGCUCACUUCGGGGUCCAGGUGUGGCAGAGGGUAGAGUGCCCCCAGGCACCCAAGAUCUACAAGCACUACCCCCUGCUGGCUUCCCUGCCUCUGCUUCUGGGCCUCGGAUUCCUGAGCAUUUGGUACCCGGUGCAGCUGGUGAGAAGCUUCAGCCACAGGACAGGAGCGGGCUCUGAGGGGCUGCAGAGCAGUUACUCUGAGGAAUAUCUGAGGACCCUCCUUUGCCGAAAGAAGCUGGAAAGUAGCUCCCACACCUCCAAGCACGGCUUCCUGUCCCGGGUCUGGAUCUGCUACGGAAACUACAUCUACACUCCACAGCGAGGAUUCCGACUCCCUCUGAAGCUGGUGCUUUCGGCGACCUUGACGGGGACAGCCAUCUACCAGGUGGCCCUGCUGCUGCUGGUGGGCGUGGUACCCACCAUCCAGAAGGUGAGGGCGGGGAUCACCACGGAUGCCUCCUACCUACUGGCCGGCUUUGGGAUCGUGCUCUCAGAGGACAGGCAGGAAGUGGUGGGGCUGGUGAAGCAUCAGCUGUGGGCUCUGGAAGUUUGCUACAUCUCGGCCUUGGUCCUGUCGUGCUCACUCACCUUCCUCAUGCUGAUCCGCUCACUGGUGACACACAGGGUCAACCUGCAAGCUCUGUACCGAGGGGCUGCCCUGGACCUGGGCCCCCUGCCCCGGAGUCCCCACCCCUCCCGCCAGGCCAUAUUCUGUUGGAUGAGCUUCAGUGCCUACCAGACUGCUUUUACCUGCCUUGGGCUCCUGGUGCAACAGAUCAUCUUCUUCUUGGGGAUCAUGGUCCUUGCCUUCCUGGUGUUCAUGCCCGUGCUCCACGGCAGGAACCUCCUGCUCCUCCGAUCCUUGGAGUCCUCAUGGCCCUUCUGGCUGACCUUGGUCUUGGCCGUGGUCCUGCAGAACAUGGCAGCCCACUGGAUCUUCCUAGAGACUCGCCAUGGACACCCAGAGCUAACCAACCGGCGAGCGCUCUCCGCAGUCACGUUCUUUCUCUUCCCCAUCAACGUGCUGGUGGGCGCCGUGGUGGCUGCCUGGCGAGUGCUCCUCUCUGCCCUCUACAAUGCUGUCCACCUUGGCCAGAUGGACUUCAGCCUGCUGCCACCUCGAGCCGCCAAUCUCGACCCCGGCUACCACACAUACUGCAGCUUCUUGAAGAUCGAGGCCAGCCAGUUGCAUCCAGCCACGACAGCGUUCUGUGAUCUGCUUCUGCGAACACAGCGGCCCCAGCCUCUCCAGGGCCCCCAGGAUGGCCUCAGACACGGGGAGGAAGAAGAAGGUCACUUCCCUGCCAAGCCCCCAGCCCCAACCCUGUGCCCCCAGCCUUUGCCAGCUGGUCGGAGCCAGUGCCUGCAAUUCCAUCGGUAG